AUGGAUAAUCAUGAAAGUCAUAUUUCAUUAGAGUGUAUUGAUAAAGCUAAAUCCAAUGGCAUCACAAUCUUAACAUUGCCCCCACAUUGUAGCAAUCGAAUGCAGCCAUUAGAUGUUAGUAUUUAUGGGCCUUUUAAAUCUUUUUAUAAUCAUUCAGUAGAUUAUUGGCUACAGGCACACCCUGGAAAAACAAUAUCAAUAUAUGAAGUAGCAGCUUGUGUUGGAAAAGCAUUUGAAAAGUCUAUGACUCCAUCCAAUAUAAAAUCUGGUUUUAAAUCCACAGGAAUUUUCCCUUACGAUAAGUUUAUUUUUAAUGAUGAUGAUUUUCUUGUCAGUUCUGUCACUGACAGACAAGAAUCUCAACAAGUGUCAACAGAUAAUAACUCCACAAGUCCUAGUUUAGUCAAUAUUAGUCCAACUGAAGCUUCAACUAGUAAAACUUUUGUAAGCCCUGAAGACCUAAGAGGAUAUCCAAAAGCUGAAGCCCGAAAAACCAGAGUAAACAAUCGCCGAAAAGAUGAAGAAGAUAUCUGUGGAAAAAUUACACCAACUGUAGUUACAUCUGAAGAUGAAAUUGAUUAUGAAGACCUCACUACCUACGAUGAGCUUGCAAAGGAACCAAAAGAAGGGGACUAUGUUUUAGUUCAGUUUAAAACAAUUAAAGAGGGCACUGUUUACUAUGUAGGAAAAAUAAUAAAAGAAAAAGAUGAAGAGACUGAUGUAGAAAUAUCUUUUUUAAGAAGAUAUAAAAAAUCAUUUGAAAAGUUUCAUAUGCCUGAUGUUCCUGACUUAGCAUCUGUUUCUGUUAAGGAUGUUUUACAAAUUCUUCCUAAACCAAAGGUUGUGGGUCAUACUAAAAGACAGCAAUCAUACUUAAUGUUUGAAGUUGAUCUCAGUAAUUUCAAUUUAAAAUAA